AUUUCCUCCCAAAAACAACUCUUCUGCAACAAACAUCCCCUUCUCCGAUUUUCCAUUUCUCUAAAAAAAAAAAAAAAAAAAAAAAAAAAAAAAAAAAACCUUCCUUUCCUUUACCAAUUGCGAUUCCCUCUCUCUAGAGACAUUCCCAGAUCUCCAAUGGAAUUUGCAGUUUCUUCUGGUCUCUCCAAAUCCUCUCCUUCGCUUCCUCUCUCCAUCCCCACGGUUCGCUCCAAAUCGAAAUCUUCAACUCCUCCUUAUCUCCCGAAUCCCUUUUUCAAAUCCAGAAGCUUCCUCAGAUUUCCUCUCUUUUCCCGCCAAAACAACCCGAUCCGUUGCCAAAGCUCUUAUCAAACGCCCGACGACGGUUUCGUCCUCGAAGAUGUUCCUCAUUUGACCAAUUUUCUCCCUGAUUUACCGUCAUAUCCAAAUCCUCUGCAAAAUAGCCAAGCCUACGCGAUUGUGAAGGAAACUUUUGUGAGCCCAGAAGAUGUGGUUGCAGAAAGAAUUGUUGUUCGAAAAGAUAGCCCUAGAGGUGUGCAUUUUAGGCGUGCCGGGCCUCGAGAAAAGGUCUAUUGCAAGUCGGAUGAGGUUCGUGCUUGCAUAGUGACUUGUGGUGGUCUGUGCCCUGGGAUUAACACUGUGAUAAGGGAGGUAGUUUGUGGCUUGAACUAUAUGUAUGGUGUCAGUGAUAUACUUGGAAUCGAGGGUGGAUAUAGAGGCUUUUACUCUAGAAAUACAUUGAGAUUGACACCUAAAGUAGUAAAUGAUAUCCAUAAACGUGGUGGCACUUUUCUUCGCACUUCACGAGGAGGUCAUGACACCCAAAAGAUACUUGAUAACAUACAAGACCGAGGAAUAAAUCAGGUUUACAUCAUUGGAGGUGAUGGAACACAAAGAGGAGCAGCUCUAAUAUACAAGGAAGUCGAGAAACGUGGUCUUCAUGUGGCAGUUGCUGGAAUUCCCAAAACAAUUGACAAUGAUAUUGCUGUUAUAGACAAAUCUUUUGGUUUUGAUACUGCUGUUGAAGAAGCUCAGAGGGCUAUUAAUGCUGCACACGUUGAGGUUGAAAGUGUGGAAAAUGGAGUUGGAAUCGUUAAACUUAUGGGCAGAUACAGCGGAUUCAUUGCUACAUUUGCAACUUUGGCAAGUCGAGAUGUGGAUUGUUGCUUGAUUCCAGAAUCUCCAUUCUAUUUGGAAGGCCGGGGUGGGCUUUUUGAAUUUAUUGAACAGCGGCUUAGAGACAAUGGACAUAUGGUAAUCGUAGUAGCUGAAGGAGCAGGGCAGGAUUAUGUUGUUAAAGACAUGCAGGCGAUUGCCGAGAAGGAUGCAUCAGGAAACAGGCUACUCUUAGACGUUGGUCCAUGGCUAUCUCAAAAGAUUAAGGAUCAUUUUACGAAGGUUCAGAAGAUGGCGAUAAAUAUGAAAUACAUAGACCCUACUUAUAUGAUUCGUGCUAUUCCAAGUAAUGCAUCAGACAACAUCUACUGCACUCUUCUUGCUCAAAGUGCUGUUCAUGGUGCCAUGGCUGGAUACAGUGGCUUUACGGUUGGACCAGUGAACAGCAGGCAUGCUUACAUUCCAAUCUCUCGUGUGACUGAGACGCAAAAUACAGUCAAGUUAACAGGUAGGACGUGGGCUAGGCUUCUUGCAUCCACGAAUCAACCCAGUUUCUUGGAUUCCAAUGAAGUGUCGCAAAAAAAAAUUGAUGGAGAGACCAUCGAUGUGAUCAACAACAACACGAGCAUUGCUUCUUCAAAGAUUCUUUAGAGCUCAGCUCAAAUUUAAACUCGACCAGCUUAAUAAUUGCUUGGGAUUUAUAGACACCUGUUUGGUCCUGCUCAAAUUCAGAAAGAACCAGCUGGAAAUAUCUUUGCGUUUAUUACAAAACAAUAAACUUAUUGAUAAAUUAUGUUUAUUACAAAACAAUAUCAAACUUAUUGAUAAUGAAGGCGGGCCUUGGGACCGUGGUGGGAGCGCUUGCGUUUGCACCUGGGGUCCAAGGUUUGAAUACCGGAAACGGUCUCUCCUUUGGGGGGUAAGGCCGCGUACAUAUGGGAUUGAGCUUUCCCCCGAGCCUGUCAUAGUACGGGAGCUUCUUUGGCACUGCGGUCCGCCUUCGCCUUCCAUACUGCUUGGUAUAAAAUGCAUGGACAAAUUGAUUGUAAAUAAUAUCUUAUAGAUGCAAUGUGAGUAUAUGAAUCUGGACAUUACGAAACCAAUAUUUUGAUUCCUUAACUGUAGUUGAAGCUCCAAAAACACAUCUUUCUUUCUUUCUUUCUGGUAGAAUUUAGUAGAUUAAUUUCUCCAGUCU